AAAUAUAAUAAACAAAUUAUGGGCUUCAUUGUGUUACUCCAAUUUGGGGUGGAAUUGAGUUAUAUACGAACUUUUUAGAGCACAGUUCUGCAAUAGGUUGGCAAAAGAGUAUUGUAGUGGAACCGAUCUAUGUACCGUCAAGGCUAGACCAAAGGUUGGAGUUUCAAAUUAAAAUGCUGCUCAAAUUGAUGAAUCACUUCGAGGUGACAAGGAUUUCAUCAUGCGAGCGGUAUCCCUACAAGUUUAAAGUUUUUGAAAGCAUCGAAGCCAACCCCAAAAACAAGCAAAUGGUUGAGCAAGCAAACAAAGCCUUCGGAUGAGCUGCACGUGUGGAUCUGCCUGCUGGAUGACACCAUUGCUCAGCUGUUCGCCAACAAUCAGCAGAUAAAAAAGUUGAGCUCAGAUUUGUUUAGGCUUUUCUUCAAUUUUGUUUUAUCAGGACAAAUGACGGUCGACUCGAUGGAGUCUCUGCGCGUUCUCACGCUCAAUACGAUACGGUUCAUAGCCCAGGCCGGACCGAUCAUCAAACCGAAGAAAGAUCAAGGCAAUGAUAUUCUUGAGAAGCAGAUCGCCUAUAUGAAUCGAGCAUUGCUCGAAGGAAGAAUGUCUUUCGAGAACUACCGUGAUCUGAUCGAGGUUUUCGCCGAAUAUUGGGUUCAACGCUGUGAUGUUACAGAUGGCGGUGUGGUUAAAAGACCAGAGCAGUGCAUUGAGCAGAACGAGAAUGAACUCAAGUCACAACUGUUGCAGUGCAUGGCAAGUGCUUUGGAUAAAAAUGUGCAAGUGGUAGAUCUGAUCAAGUUUUGCCGAGUUUACGAUGAGUUGCUCGUCGAUCUGCGCAAUCUUCCGCUGGAAUGGUUCGUCAGGUUACCAACUGAGGACUACAACGAUAUUUUCAUCAAGAAAAAUGAUCUCAGUAUUGUCCAGAACAAAUGGAUGGGCAGUGAGCGGCAGUGCUACAGUGUAGAAAAUGUGGGCCGAUUUAAGACAUUGUACCUUGCUUUGUUUGACGAACCGAAAAUACCUCGUCAUUUCUUGUUCGAGACAAUCAAAUCUCUGUUGGCAUGCAUCAUCGACCUGGAAACUAAAGAACAGUGGAUAGAUGGCGUAGAGCUAACAGAAUCCGAUCAGUUGAACGCAACAGGACUGUUGAUUGCUUCUAUCCGAAGCUCUUUAUUGUACCUCAAGGAACAACCAGAUUACAUCAACUUUGAUGGUUUCUUUGAGGAAAGUACCAGACCGUUUAUCAUUGUUACAAAUGAAAGUAUUUCGUAUGUAGAUUUUGAAAAAAGAAUCAACAUCGUGAAGGAAUCAUUCUGGUACUUUCGCAAAUCCAACGAGAUAGAUAUCGCUGUAGCAUUGUUACUCUACAAGGAAAGUAGCGAAUUAAACUAUAACGGGGAACGGCUUCGUUACUGCUACCGUAAAUACAACGAAAAGUUCGAUGAAUUAAUGGGUAAACAUUCAAGCACCGAUACCGUAGCUAAAAUUGCUUCAAUUGUAGCUGAUGUUACGCGAGAAACGGACAGUACUAAUUUAACUGCACAGUGGGAUACUGACUUCAAAUCUAACAAACUACCAGAAAUACUGGCUGGGCUAAGUGCGGUUUGGGCGUUGCACGUUUCAAGGGAUAUGGCCAGUACGGGACAAUAUCUGAAGCCGCACUGCAUCCAGAUCCUGUGCGUAUUCCGGCUACUUAGUGCGGACCGUGAGGACGAAGGUGUUCGGAAGCAUCUGGCCCAGGUGUUGACCGGGCAGGGCAAAUCACUGGUUCUGGCUUUGGUGGCAUCGGUUUUGGCACUUUGUGGACAUUCCGUGCAGAUCAUGUGUUACAUUAAAUACCUGGCAACGAGGGACGGAAAAGAGUUUGAAGAUUUCUACGAUUUGUUUGGAAUUCAUUCAAAGAUUUCGUAUCAGACGUUUGAGGAAGCGGCGAAGGAGAGACUCAAUCAAAUUGCAGGAAAUGCCACUCAGUACGUUCAUAGCUGCAUUGGAUUGCCGAAUGUUAAAUCAUACUCGGGAGUAAUUCUGCCAAACCCUGUGCUGUUAGUUGACGAAGUUGAUGUUUUGUUCGACGAAAAACUGUAUGGUGAAACAUACAAUAUGGGAACGUUUCCACGAAUUCCUGGAAUAGACAAAAUUCAGCUCUUUAUUUGGAAAAUGGUUCAAAAAAAUUGUACAAGUAUUCGUGAAAAGGUUGAUAUCUACUUGAAAGAUGAAAGUGAUCCACAAAUAGCCAUGUUCAAUAAUUUAAUAAACAAAUCGGGAACUUUUGCAUUACUUAUUCAUUGCGGAGAUCAGAGCAUUGGAAAAACAUUUACGAAUUCAUCACUAUUCUCAAUGCAUAUAGAUAGAAUGAUAUCAAUAGCAAAACAAGUGCACGACAUGGAACCGAAUCAUAGCGUUUUCAACGAGUUUCGCCUAAACAGCACUGGAAAAAUUGCCGUCAGACAGAGUUUUGGAAACUACAGUGAAACGACCUAUAAAAAUUACUAUAACGCGUUCAUUUAUUUUCGAUUAAAAGGAACAAAUUUCGAAGAAGGAAAGACAAAUUACGGAUACUUGAAUGUUCGCUUGGGAAGUAUAUCUUACGCUAAAAUACCGGAAGACUUUUCACUGAUACUGGGCGUUUCCGGAACCUUGACAUCGUUAAGCAGCUACGAAAAAAAGGUCGUCAAUGAUCACUACAACAUAACGGAGAUGACGGUAAUGCCAUCGUUCUUCGGCGGAUCCAACCUCAAGUUCAACGAAACAGUGGACUUUAACUGUUUCAACACAGCGACCGAGUGGACUAAUGCCAUUUUCGGCCGAAUCAACGUGACAGUCAACGCGAAGAGAUCGGUUCUGGUCAUCUUCAACAGCGACGUAGAGAUCAACGGCUUCAAGCAGCAAUUCGCGGCUCAGCUGGACCGGCUGAACGUGCUGACCGUUAAUACCGAUCCCGCCGACAAGGAACGCUUCAUCAGCGAUGCUGGGGUGAGUCGGACAAUCACGCUGGCCACUCGGGAGAUGGGUCGGGGUGUGGAUUACAAGUCGAGUGUGGCGGUUGAGAGCAAUGGAGGAGUGCACGUCAUUCAGACCUUCUUUUCGGUGGGCGUCAAGGAGGAGACGCAGAUUAAGGGACGUACGGCACGGAAGGACAAUCGGGGCAGUUAUGAGCUGAUUGUUUGUGUCGACGAUCUGGGGAAGGAGAAUUUCGUGGACAGUCAAGAGAGUUAUUUGACGGUGACGUAUGAUCAACUGAACAAUAAGAGGAAUGUACAGAUGAUGGCUUGGAUGAUGGUGAAAGAUGAAAGCAGGGUUGAGAAGCUUAAAGUUGCCAAUAAAAAUCAUCAGGCUACGGUUGAUUUUUACAAAAAUAAAUGA